UACGAAUUUUGUAAGCAAUAAUUUCUCACUGGUCUGUGAUGGUUUUAGGUAUUGUACUUUCAAAUGGUCACACCUGGAAGCAGCAGAGACGGUUCAGCGUGGUUACUAUGCGGAAGCUGGGGCUGGGGAAGAAAGGCAUGGAGCACCAAAUAGAAGAGGAGGCCAUUGAGCUUGUGGAGAUCUUUGCACGUGCAAAGGGGCAGCCAUUUGACCCGUCCUUACACAUCAUCAAUUCAGUCUGCAACGUGAUAUGCGCCGUGUCCUUUGGAUACCGAUUUUCUGUUGAAGAUAAAGAAUUCCUGAGGCUGAUGGAAGCCAUUCGGAUUAGCUUACAGUUCGGAGGCAGCUUCUUUCAUGGCCUCUAUGAAAUUCUCCCGUUUGUCAUGAAAUUUCUCCCGGGGCCUCACAAGACCGCAUUGUCCUCCAUGGAGAUGGUCUUUGCAUUUGCGAAGAACGAGAUAGAGAAGCACAAGGAAGACCAGACCGUGCAUGAGCCACAAGACUUCAUUGAUUUCUAUCUAUCUCAGAUGGAGAGGAGCAAGGAUGACCCCUACUCUACCUACAAUGAAGACAACCUGGCUCAGUGUAUUUUUGACCUCUUUAUUGCUGGAACAGAGACAACUGCUACUUCUCUGCAAUGGGCGCUGCUUCUCAUGGCGACACAUCCAGAUAUCCAAGAGAAAGUCUACCAGGAGAUGGAAGAAGUUUUCGGUUCGUCUCACUCAAUCCGCUAUCAAGAUCGGAAGAAGCUGCCCUACACCAAUGCUGUGAUUCACGAGAUCCAGCGUGCAAGAUAUAUCUUAUUAUUUGGGGUUCCAAGGCAAACCGUGAAGGACGUGAACUUGCAUGGUUUUCACAUUCCAAAGGGGGCUGUGAUUGCACCAGAUCUUCGCUCUGUUCUUCUUGAUCCUAAGGAAUGGGCAACACCUAAAAAGUUCAACCCAAAUCAUUUUUUGGACGAGGACGGGCAGUUUGUGGACAGAGAAGCAUUUCUGCCAUUUGGUGCAGGUGCUCGGGUGUGUCCAGGGGAGCAACUGGCAAAGAUUGAGCUCUUCAUCUUUUUCACCAGCCUGCUGAGAGCAUUCAGGUUCCAGCUGCCAAAAGGAGUGAGAGGAGUCCAUAGGAACCCUAUAAUAGGGCUGACGGUCCGCCCUCGCCCCUUCAAGCUCUGGUCACGCAGGCAUUACCCUCCAGGACCUCUCCAGCUUCUUCUUUUUGGAGGUGCAUGGCGGAUUGGGCUGAAGUUUCGUGAAGAUACUUUCAUAAUGGUGGCAAAGCAAUAUGGAAACAUUUACACCUUAUGGGGAGGACCACUAGCCUUUGUAGUAAUGUCUGGAUACGAAGUAGUGAAAGAAGCACUCGUUGACCGCUCUGAAGAAUUCUCUGAGAGACUAGAGACGGCUUUCCUUAAUGAUGCAGUAAAAGGAAGGGGUAUUAUAUUAUCAAAUGGUCACACCUGGAGGCAACAGAGACGCUUUGGUGUAGUUACUAUGCGGAAGCUGGGGCUGGGGAAGAAAGGCAUGGAGCACCAAAUAACAGAGGAGGCUUGUCAGCUCGUGGAGGUUUUUGCACGUUCAAAGGGACAACCACUUGACCCCACCUUGCAUAUCACUAAUUCAGUCUCCAAUGUGAUAUGUGCUGUGGCUUUUGGGUACCGAUUUGCUCUUGAAGAUGAACAGUUUCAGAAACUAAUAGAAGCCAUUAAUUAUUUCCUAAAAUUUCUGGGUACCCCCACUCAUAUUCUGUAUGAAAUAUUCCCAUGGAUUAUGAGAUAUCUCCCAGGGCCCCACAAGCAGGCAAUUUCCAGCCUGGAGAUGGUGAUUUCAUUUGCAAAGGAUGAGAUAGAGAAGCAUAAGGAGAAUUCGUCUCUGCAUGAGCCACAGGAUUUCAUUGAUUUCUAUCUACUUCAGAUGGAGAAAAACAGGAAUGAUCCAGAGUCUACGUUUAAUGAGGAGAACCUGGCCCAAUGCAUUUUUGACCUCUUUGCAGCAGGGACAGAAACAACUGCCACUUCUCUGAAAUGGGCACUUCUCCUCCUGGCAAAUCAUCCAGAUAUCCAAGAUAAAGUCCACAAGGAAAUAGAAGAUGUCAUAGGUUCUGCUCACUCAAUCUGCUAUCAAGAUAAGAACAAACUGCCCUACACCAAUGCUGUGAUUCAUGAAAUGCAGCGCUUUAAAUAUAUCUUAAUAGGUGGAGUUCCCAGGCAAACUACAAAGGAUGUGAAGAUACAUGGUUUUCUUAUUCCCAAGACGACCGGUAUCCUUCCUGAUCUGCGCUCUGUUCUUCUUGAUCCCACACGAUGGGAGACACCUGCAGAGUUCAACCCAAAUCAUUUUUUGGACAAGGAUGGGCAAUUUGUGGACAGAGAAGAACAUCUGGUGUUUGGUGCAGGGUCUCGCAUGUGUUUGGGAAUGCAGCUGGCAAAGAUCGAAAUAUUCAUCUUCCUGACAAGCCUGCUGAGGACAUUCAGCUUCCAGCUGCCAGAAGGAGUGAAAGAACUUAAUCAAGACCCUAUAACAGGGGUUACAAUGAAGCCUCAUCCUUAUAAAGUCUGUGCUAUUCCCCACUGCAGGACAUAAUAAAACAUGCAAAUAAUUUCAGUGACUGGCACAUUUCUCUCUCCUUCCUUUCCACUGAAUAUGAUGUUCUGCCU